UGUUGAUCGGCAGGUAUCAUUCCAGAAGUACCCGUUGUCCAAAAUUUACCUAUUGUUGGUUUUUUACCAUCUUUUUUGUCGCGGUAGUGAAAAGAUUUUGGUGUCAAUGUUAUUAGUAGAAUCGGAUGCAUCGUUGAAGUUCAUUCCGUCCGUAAGGCUGAUCAACAAUCUAAGCCUGCGCAAAGGAAGCCGCACAGGAAACUCGGGCAACCCGUUGGAAUUUCAAGUACUUACCCAAAUUCAGUACGUACCCUGACAAGCUGACACCCGAGUGCUCGUCUCGCAACUCAUUAUCCUGAACACACGCGCAUAAUCACAACAAUGGUUCAAGAUCAGUCGAAAUCCCGUAGCACCGGUGGCAACGGUGCUUACCGUCAGCCGGAAAAAACAUCGGCAAACUUCCAAGGAAUUCAAAAAAUGAAAAUGACCUCCGCUAAUGGGUCCGCAUUUGGCAGUUCUAAAAAGGAUGAGCACAGCAGCUCGAAUAACGCGAGCGCUGUGUGGGGUCCACACUUCAAAAAUCGCGAUCAUUUCGUUAGUAUGCACUUUUCCUAGAUCGAUCGGAGUCGAAGUAUUAAUUGAUGUUGCAUUUGGAUAUUUGGUCUGUAUGAAUAUUUGAUUUCAAUAAAAUUAUUGGAUUGGAAA